CAGAGCGAAGCCAUUUUGUCCUGCACGGCUCCGCCAGCGCAUUCUUCAGCAAACCGGAAUAACGUAGAGCUGACAGUUCGAACCACAGACACAGCGUCAGACAGGGGUUCUACAGCUACACCACCCCAUCAUUGAGUCCCGAACAGCUCGACGUCUCUCGGUCUCACCAUAGGCGGAACCGUGUCGUAUUCGCGGACUAAGGGAGACUUUAAGCGGGACGGAAGGGAAGAGAACCAGGCAUCCGGUUAGACGCGCUGGCUCACCGGGCUGGAGUCCAACUUGAGCCGGACACUUUCAGCUGUCCUCGUCGGGAUGAGUGCUGGACUUGUUUUUAACAAUAUUUACCACUCUUUUUGAAGAUUUUGUGUAAUCUAUGCAUAGCUUAGGCUCGCACAGGAUUGUUUUUUGUUAGUAGUGUCUAAUAAGAAAGCUGGAGCACUAAUUCAAGUUCAGAUGUGAUUUAAGCUAUCUACUCAGCUGGCUGGACAGAUAGUUUAGGUUGUCGAUUAGAUAAGUCGCUUAAAUAGAUUGGUUACAUAAUACUUCUGUUUUGUUAACGGUUUAGUUACAUUUUUGAGUUGGUCCAGCUUUCUUUUUUCUCUUUGCCAAGUCUCUCAUAGGGUUUGGUUUGUAUGUCUAUGCAUAUUUCUCGCAAGGAAACCUGUCGGAGUUGUUAGGUCUUGGUGCCAUUAUAAUAGUAGGUUCAUAAAGACAGGAAAAACCACAGAACAGAUUUGCCUAUCUAAUCACAAGCUAGUCUGCGGUGCUUCCCAGAUCCACUUUGUUUUCUUUUAAAAGGUCUAUGUUGGUGAGGCACAAGCUGGCUGAGAGGUGAUAUUUUCGGCCUGAAUCCUCUGAGCUGGCCUGACUGAUAGCUAUGACAUUUUCCAACAGUUGUUUUGUAUCUUCAGACUUCAAUAUUACAAGUAUCUGCUCUUGGUGCCAACGCUGUAUGAGUAAUUUUAGCUAACAAAAGUUCAGAUCGCCCCUCCAUAUUAGUUACGGCAUAUCUAGUUGUGAUAUUUUUACUAGUUAGGUCACGUUUUCCUUCCAUUUUUGCUACAAGUUUAUGAAUAAGUGCCAGUUGACUUCGAAACGUAUCAAACUCAUCAGUUUGUAUCGAGUGUACUUUUGUAAAAUCGUCAACUCCUAUACUUAGAUCUUAGUGGAAAGACACCUUUUGCAGCUAGACCAGAUCAAGUCAUUUUUCAUAUCUCAGAGUUGCAUAAAAAUGUCAGGACAGUCCAUCACAGAUCGCAUCGCAGCGGCCCAGCACAGCAUGACUGGAUCAGCCAUCAGCAAAGCCGUCUGCAAGGCCACAACGCAUGAAGUCAGUGGACCCAAAAAGAAACACCUCGAUUACUUGAUCCACUGCACCAAUGAGAUGAAUGUGAACGUGCCCCAGUUGGCCGACACUCUGUUUGAAAGAACCACCAACAGCAGCUGGGUUGUGGUCUUCAAAGCGCUCAUCACCACACACCACCUAAUGAUGUAUGGAAAUGAGCGUUUCAUUCAGUAUCUGGCCUCAAGAAACACGCUCUUCAAUCUGAACAAUUUCCUUGAUAAAGGUGCAUUGCAAGGCUAUGACAUGUCCACAUUCAUCAGACGGUACAGCAGAUAUCUCAAUGAAAAAGCCCUUUCCUAUAGGCUGGUGGCUGUGGACUUUACCAAGAUGAAGAGAGGUAUUGAUGGAGUCAUGCGUACCAUGAACACAGAGAAGCUGAUCAAAACAUUGCCUAUCAUUCAAAACCAGCUGGACGCGCUGCUGGAUUUCCAGGCUAACCCUAAUGAGCUGACUAACGGAGUGAUCAACGCUGCCUUCAUGCUGCUCUUCAAAGACUCCAUCCGUCUGUUUGCUGCCUAUAAUGAGGGUGUUAUCAACCUACUGGAGAAAUACUUUGAUAUGAAGAAAAACCAGUGUAAAGAUGCUCUGGACAUCUAUAAGAAGUUUCUGUACAGGAUGACCAAGCUGUCAGAGUUUCUUAAAGUGGCUGAGCAAGUUGGGAUUGAUCAGGGUGACAUCCCAGAUCUCACUCAGGCUCCCAGCAGUCUCCUGGAGGCUCUUGAGCAGCACCUGGCCUCUUUGGAGGGAAAGAAAACCAAGGAGCUCUCCGCUGACAACAGAGCCAACACUCUGUCCAAUGCGGUGUCGUCCCUGUCCAACACGGGCAUGUCCUUCUCCUUCUCAUCCAGCAGGAUGGACGAGAAGGAGAAACAACAGGCCCUGGAGGAGGAGCAAGCCCGUCUGCAAGCUCUCAAGAACCAGCAUCUGAAGGAGAUCAGCAUGCAGACGCCCUCCACCUCACCCAGCACACAGUCUAUGGGUAGUGUCAACAACCACACUGCGGGCAUGGACCUGUUCACCAAUACCACAAGCCCACCCUCAACAAACAGCAUGCCAAACCUCACCAGUGACUUGUUUGACCUCCAGCCUGCCUUCGUUCCUGCUGUGCAGUGCACUCCUAUCUCCACCGUCAGCAAUGCCUGGGGAGGUCUAGAAAGCAGCACUCUUCAUCCCAUGGCUUCCAUGCCCACCAUGAAUGUAGAUUUUGAUGCUGUAUUUGGGACUAAUGCUUCCAAUAGUGAUGUGAAGCCAUCAGCUGGAGACUUGCUGAAGCCCGCGGUGACUGUUCACAGUCAGGCACCUGUCAUGCCCCCUCAUACAGCCAGUAAACUGUUGGCCAAUGACCUGGACUCGUCCCUGGCCAACCUCGUAGGCAACCUGCACUUUGGGGGAAUACCAGGCAAAAAGUCUGAUAUGCUGUGGACUCAGCCUGGAGAGAGGAAGCUGACCGGUGGCACUAACUGGCAGUCAAAGACAAUGAGCAGCACCACUGCCUGGAGCCCAGCCCCCUUGCCACCUGCCGCCAUGCCACCCGUCGCCAUGCCCGUGCCACACUUGACUGGAAUGUUCUAUACUAGUUAUGCUCCUGCUCACAUGGCGUUUCCCAUGACAACACCUCAAGUGCCUGUUUAUGGAAUGGUCCCUCCUCAGCUGGGACAGAUGGGAGGGGUUCCCGUAAUAACCCAACAACCCAUGUUGUACAACCAGCCUGUUCUCAGACCCACUAACCCUUUCACCCCCAUCCCUGGAGCCCAGAUGCAGUUCAUGUAAGUAGCACUUAAGCAGAGCGCCAAACAAGACGGCUGAAAAGAACAACAAGCAAGUGAGAGGAGGAUCCGACUACCACCAAAUAAAAGGAGAUCAAGACAAAAAGAAAGAGUGUGCAUAUUGAAAGGAAUGUGUUUGUGUCAAGAAUGCUUACCUCACUGUCUGAAACGGCUUACCCAACACACACACACACAGACGAGAGCGCAUACAGUGUGUCAUUUUUCAUCUCUUGAGGUUCAUUUCUUUCCUGGGGCACGGUGUCUACUGGCAGGUGUGAUGCAUCAUAGAAAUCGUAGAUUUUAUUGCAGAUAUUAAAUUACCUUGCACAGAGCACUCUUCUUCUUUUUUUUUUUUUUAACUUCAUAAUAUGAAUUCGAUCUAAAGUCCAACACAGUGGACUUCCUGUUACUGUCAUUUUUUGCUCUGUUACGAAGAUGCCUAUGUUGAGUUCAGGAAAGCAGUGAAUGGCAAAAUAAAUGCCCUGAACGGUGCAGGUUGCUAGAUCAUAAACGUGUUUAAAUGGCUCAUUAACACAAUGCCCUGGCUUCUCAUUUCAGAACAAGGAAAGAAUUUGACCUCUUAUAUAAGGUGAUCUGAACCCCCAAGCACUUUACACAUGCAUUUAUGUGUAACAUAAUAUAUAACUUUGAGCUGGUCUCUUAUAUCUAGAAUGUUAACAAAUAACGUGUUACUGUUACUGAUGGCUACUGUUCAAAACGGUUAGUCAAUCCGUCAUUGUUUAUACUGGUUUAAGGGUUUCUGUUUCAGACAUGAUGGUGGUCUUGCACAUACAUACACGCACACAAAUUGGUGUUACGUGAGCCACAUGAAGAGCCACCUCUCACUGGCCUCUCCCACCUUGUUUUGUCACUCCAAGGACACUGAUAAACAUAUCUGCUCCUGCUCUUCUGUGUUAACCUGUGUGCAAACAUGUCACGCAUUUACAACUACAUCUCACACUCUGAGCCCACUGCCACAUGUACCACCCUCCCUGGGAGCAUUGGAGAAGGGUACAGGGUGUUCAGUCCUUUGUCUUUUAAUCUUUUUUUCUAGAAAGCAUGUUAUAUAUAUAUAUUUUUAUUAUUUCAGGAAAUGACAUGAAUUAAAAUGGUCUGUUUUAUGUUGCCAAAAUAUGUACUUUUGUGAUUCGAGAAAUGCCAUAAGCGAACUCUUUCUCUAAAGGAUGUGCGUAUCUGUGUUUGCCAACUUUGGAACCAAAAUCAAUAGCUAAAAUCUAUUUUUAGUAUGUUUUUCAGAAUACGGGGCACUGUUAACAGGGUAUCUUUAUUUUUGCUUGUGCAGCCAAAGCAUUUUUGGUCCUCCUGAAAUCCCUUUAACCCUUUCUAGAGCAGGCUUCCACUUCAGCCUUCACAUCAUCCCAUAAUUCCUGCUUUGUUUCUUCAUGCUAGAUUUAGUGAUAGCGUUUCGUUUUUAUUCUGCAUGGACUGAUAGAACGUCAGUGGAGAUAUGCUGUGGUUGUAGUUGAGCCAUGAUGAAUGAGCCCCAAAAAGCUGUGGUUUACAAUGAUUUUAAAAUCGUAGUGAUUUUAGAGUGAUUUUAGAAUUUCCACUCCUUGUCGUGCCUAACAAGGCUUUUUAGCUGUUCUAAAAUCACUGUAAACUACAGCUUCAUGGGGCUUAUUGCUUUUUUUAAAUGAUCACUACAUAUCGCUGGCAAGGUUUCAUAAUGUAAGCGCACACAAAUGCAAACUUUUAAUGAUUUAUUGGUAACAAACAAUAAUCCUUCCUCAGUCAAUCAUACACAUUUGGAGUUCCAUUAGGGUGAAUAAGUCUGAUUUUGUGUGGUCUUUGCUUUGGACAUCAUCACAGCAAGUUUCAUGUUGUUGCUGUAAUAUGUGCUUUGUGACAGCCUGCCCUUCCUUUUGUAGAAACAAUCUGCAUCAUGUUUCUCUGCUUGCUUAUUUCUGUGUGAGUGCAAGAGUUGGUUACUAAUUCCUUAUUGAGCAUCUCUUAACAAGCUUGUGAGUUUAUUCUCCUUUGAGCGCCGUCAAGGGGUCCAGCAGGUUCAGACUGAAAGCUUUUUACAUGCAGGCUAUUCAAUGUUGAUGCUCUCGCUGGGUUUGUAAGGUAACAGAGCACUGAGGAGCGAUGCCGUUUAAUUAGGAUCUCUUCUAUUAUCCACUCACAGGAGGCUUGGUUUGUGAGUGAGAGAGUAAAUGUACGAUGGUGAGCUUCAGGGAGGGUGAAAGAUCUCAAGAUGUACAAGGGUGCUAUCAUGAGCCGGGGUUUCCAUGGUAAUCUCCAGUUUCUGGUCCUUGACACAGGUCGAUGAGCACAGCGUUUCCUUCUCUUAGUCAUAUUUUGUCUUUUUUAAAAUGUAUUAUUAAAAGCUCUGCAUGCAUUAGCAGCCCAGCCUGCGGUGAAGGCUGUGUCUUCAGAUGCAAGUUUCUUUGGCAACCUAUGAGAGUAGUGCUUUCGGAUAACCUAUAGGCUUGUCGACUUGUUUCACUGGCUACGGGUCAUGACCACUUUUUCUCUGACACACCAAAGGCUUUUCUUUACUUGGUUUUGCUGAGUUGAGGCGUUCAAGUAGCAAACAUUCAUUUUUAUUUAGAAUCCCUGCUAUGCAUAGAAACGUUCCCUAUGAUCUUGCUUUCACAGCUCCUCCUUGUGGUUGCUGUUUGUCAUCUUUUAUAUAAACAGCAGCUAGUUUGUCCUUUGUUUGCUGUUUAUGGGGCAGUUGUGCAGACAAAGCAAAUGUCUUGAGUGUAUUGGACUCACCGCUCUACAUUCCAUCCUUUAUUUUAGAGCACUCGACCAGACUGAAGAGCAGCCAACUCCAGUGUACUUCUGAACUACUUAGCCUGAUUUUAUACGUCUCGGCUGGGCUCAUUAGCUGGCCUGGAAUACUCAGCUCAGCAGCGGCCUUUCAGAAUCAAUGUGUCAGCGUGUGCCACACGUCUCAGACCUCUGGUGGGGAUGCUUGCUGUUCGGGUCCUUUUCACCUUUGGGCUGUCAUGGAGCUGUCUUGGCUUCUCUGGCUUUAAUGAUUUUGUUUUAGGUGGGUUAUCUGUCUGCUACAUUCUUAUUAGCAUCUUUUUGUCCUUAUUUUCCUGUUGCAAAGAUAUAUGCAGUAUGUUUAGAAAUAUGUAUGCAGUAGGAGCGCCAUCAUCCCCAUGUAUCAGCCCAGGGGAGCAAUGCAGCAACUUUUUUUUUUAUCCAUUUAUCAUCAAAUGCCAAAAAAGAGAGAACACAACCUCCAUGUUUAUGCUGAUUUCCCCACUGUGUUUUUUGUAAUUUAUUUAUGCAGACCAUAAGGAAUUUAUUCAGCAUGGUGAAAAUAAAAAGCAGAAACUGUGGGAUUGUUUAACUUUUUAUUUUAUUUUGUCUUUCAUUUUUUGUUUGCUUUUCAUUCACAUAAAUAAAGUCCCUUUUCAUUCCUGAGUUGUUGGUUAUUUUUGUUUAGUUUCAAUUUGUCUGUCAUUGUCUGGAAGAUCAUUGCCCUCGAGUUCAUUUUGGAUGACCUGAUGUCCGGUUCUUUUGUUUUCUCUUCUCUGGCCUCUUGAAAUUGCACUUCAUGUCUGCCUCACGGCCCAGAAUGCAGGGUUUUUACAGUAUGAACGCACGUUUUAAAUACCUGGUCAAAUUUGUGUAGUGACGUGUUGUGUUGUUUUUGCGUCUGUCAGUGUGAUUACUGUUGAAUCUAUUGCACGAGUUUCACUGCAAAAGGAACCACCUGAUUUUUCUUUGUAGCACUUUUUGACAGUGGACUCAGAAACAGGAAAAUCAACCAAUGUUUCUUUGUAUAUCUUCUGUUUUAAGAUCAACUUCAACUGUUAGAUAAAAUGGUUCUGUGAGAGUUCAAAUUACUCUCUAGUAGACCAUUUCCUAUCAUGACAUUAAGGUAGUUCCUGGACUAUGUGGCCAGGCAUUCAAUCUGAUUCCAUUAGUUACUAAGUAACCAAAUCUGGUUUAGAUUAUUUAACCAUUUGCUCUACUCAUCUGAAGGUCAACCACAUUGUGCAGUCACUAUUUUUUCAUUAUGUACCGUUGGGGAAAGGAAUCGGACAUGUCUGGUUGUGCUUGUACAUCAACUCUCUCAAGUCUGGUAGAAGGCUUGUAUUGGUUGUCAUCUGUGAAAUUUGUAAUCUGUAACUAAAGCUGAAUCAAACACCCUCUUCAUUGACUUUUCAUCUGCAACUACCUUUGGUUUCGCCGUGAGCUUCAUGAACCACACAGCACUGGUUGAAGUCAACGAUCUUAUGAUACCAGUCUCUCUUGAACUGUCGUAUGUACCUCCAUUUUCUUUCGAUCGCUUUAUAAUUUGUACCCGUUUUCUUGCAUGUUUUUGUAUCUGACAUGCCUGGGAAAGUUUCGCUGUUUCAUGUAACGUUUGCGAAGUUCUAUUAAAUAUGGUGCUGUUUUUUAGUAAGCAGUUGUUGUCGUAGUGAUGGACGGGUUCUGUGUAUAUCUGUUUAUGAUUUGUCAGUGGUUGGUUGUGCUGAUCUGGUAUGUUAUAUUCCUUCUCGCAAUUUUUGCUCGAGUCAGUUUUUGUAAGUUCUUUCUUUCUUUCUGUCUCAGUCCCUGUUUUGGUGUCUGUAUUUGUGAAGAAAAUUUAUGGUUGCAAGCCUCUAACCUGAACCAUGAGUGACUGCCUUGUGAAUAAAUGGAUUUAACGCUCGCUCUCACCGGUUUCUUAAUAAAGGACAUUUUUAACAGA